GUGCCGGAUCGUGUGAUCGAGUUGAUGUCGUGAGGAAACGAAAUCCCAUCAGCCAGUGUCAGUCGCGCUGUCGACCAUAGUAGACGUGUCGCGGUCACUCUACCAUAAAAUAGUACGCGGCACUCAAAAAAAUAUUUAAAAAAAAAACAUUGUUUCAGACUGUGUAUGCUGAAAUUCAUAAAAUCCUUCUGCACCAUGAAGCCUCCAGUGAACGCUGCCUUGCUGCAUGAUGUGGACAUCCCCACGAAGAAGGCCACUUUUGGGAUGGGCUGCUUCUGGUCCAACGACUCGCUGUUCGGAGCGACCCCCGGCAUCGUCAGGACCAGGGUGGGCUACGCUGGAGGCACCACCAAGAACCCACAUUAUAGAAGCCUAGGUGACCACACGGAGGUGAUUGAGCUGGACUUCGACCCGAAGACACUGUCCUACGAGGAGCUCCUGGACAUGUUCUGGGCCAACCACGAGUAUGGACUCACCACCAAGCUCAAAAGACAGUACCAGUCCCUGAUCCUGUUCCAUGACGACGAACAGCGACAAGCGGCGGAAGCCUCAUACAAAGUGAUGCAGAUCAGGUGUGACGGCCAGCUCCGGACAGAGAUAGCACCAGCUGGCACUUUCUACCCCGCUGAAGACUACCACCAGAAAUAUCGGUUGCAAGGCCACAAAGACCUCUGCAAAAGCCUAGGACUGGACUCGUCAAAGCUGCAGACAUCUCACUUGGCAGCGCGACUGAACGGCUACCUUGUUGGUGUCGGCGGCAUGACCCAGUUUGAGGAAGAAGUGACUCGUCUGGGCUUGAGCGAGAAGCAGGCAGAGUACGUCCGCAGGGAAUUGGAACGUAACGAGGGUGGUGGACUAUUCUGCUAGCGCGGAUUAUGAUUCUCAUAGGUUAAUGAUAGAUAGAUCGUCUGUGGAAAUAUGUAAAGCUCUGUGGUUUUUUUUUAAGAAUUGGCAUUUGAAUUUGUAAGAAUUGAAAAGAAUUUAUUUAGUAAAAAAAUAAAAUACUAAAAGGUAUUUAAAUGUCGAAACACGAUAAUUCAAUGUCAUUUUAAUUCACGUCAUUUAUGUUCAGUUUGCAAGUCACGAGAUACUUAGUUAAAAAGCCAGAUCUUGUCUCCAGUAAAAAUGUAAUAGGUAUCCCUACAAGUAUUAUAUAAUAUAUAAAGAUAUAUUCAAGAAGAGCUUUACUACUAUCCAACAGAUAAUAUUUUUAAGUUUCAAAUUAAGCGAUUGUGAUCUUAUUCACUGGGGUUUCUUCGUUCUUACAAAUGUUGUCAGAAACAGAAAAUACUUAUUUUUGUACCUACGAACGAGUAUAACAAAAUUAAUGACAAUGGUUUUAUUCAUAUUUAAUAUUUUCAUUUAUUGUUAGAGAAUACACAUAUGUAUAUAUCUAUGUCAGAAAUAAUAUUUAUUUUUUGUAUUGUAAAAAUAUUUUGGAUUGUAAAUGAACCCCGGUUUAUAUUUUUGUUUGAUUUUUGCUCCAAUUCAUUUGGUUGGUGAAUUUCAUUUAACGAUUAUUCCAUUAGUUUAUGUCGUAUUUACUGUUUUUUUUUAAUACAAUAGAUUAGAUACAAACAAUAGAUACAAACUUUCUGCUUGGUUAUUCAGUAUUAGGUUUUAUUCAUUUCAAAUGUUUUAUUAAUAUAAAAGGAAGCAUUUUUGAAAGGUAUUUGUUGGUUCGAUUUUGUUUAUAAUUUAGCAUUCAUUGAACAUAAGUGCAGAAUUAAAAUCGAAUAUAAAUGUA